CACGGAAGUCAACAAGGAGUUGCGGAAUGUAGCAGCAAUGAGCUCUUUUAUCGACCGUUGUAGGUUUUUAUGUUUUUUUUUUAACACGUGUGUGAUGUGUUUUAGAAACGGUAACAUAAACUAAUCGUUAUGUUUACAGAAUAUAACUUUAGACGCUCUGAGAGCAGAAAUGUUUAGCCUGUUGAUCUUAUAAGAAUGCACAACAACUUCAUAGUUAUGGAGGAAAACGAGGGAAUUCUCUCGAGCGUCAACGUGAUCCUUGUAAUGGCUUACGGGAGUUUGGUGUUUGUUUUGCUGUUCAUCUUUGUCAAAAGACAAAUUAUGCGUCUUGCCAUGAAGUCUCGAAGAGGACCGCACGUUCCCCUCGGCCACAACGCACCUAAGGAACUGAAACAACUAAUUGAAGCCAAACUGAGCCAAGUUCAGAAAAUCCACUUUGAGCCUCGCUUGUUGUCUCCAGAUGAUGACCGACUGCAGCAGAGAGAAGAUCCUGGUUUCAAUGAUUACCUGUACAGGAUGAAAGCACUGGACGCGGUCAGAGACACUGAUUUUCCUUUUUGUGAACUGGGCGGGACAUCCACGGCUGUGACUGGGAAACGAUUUCGGACCUGGCUGCUGCAGCUACGAAACUCCCACUGCGCGCUCGGAGACAGCCUGAGCUCUCUUGUUGACACGGUGUUGGACGGCUACAACAAAGCUCGUCAUAGUGCCGAGGUGUUUGGAGAAGCAGAAUUUAUAAAAUACCGGGAAGCUCUCACCGAGCUGGCCUCCAUGGUGAAGUCUCGAAGCAGCACUUUGAGCCAACACCACCAGUCUGCGGCCAAAGACCUGACCAACGCUGCAGAGCCUGCGAGCGCCUCCUCCCCCUCCGCCUCCUCCUCCCCCACCUACCUCACGUCAGCUCUGCAGCAGCGCAGCAAGAAGCCCAGGCACUUCCUGGAGCUCAAGAACUUUAAGGACAACUACAACACUCUGGAUAGCACUCUCUGA